AUGACUAUUACCGACAACGCCAACGGGUUCAAUCAGUGCUUCAUCCGCGAAGAGAAUAGGGACAAGACUACUUCCAUCACCAGCACGGGUCAAUUCUACGAACGGAUUGAUAUCGGGCUUGGCCUCUUUGUGGUUCAUGUACAGUAUACAACACACAAUGAGUUCAACUUUCGUGAUGUCCAGGGGGUUGUGUCUUUAGUCGACGAUGGCACAACAGCGACACGCUUACCGGAUGGGGACCCGUUGGUAUCUGGUAAGGAGAAGAAAGCGGACAGGGCUCACUGCAGCAGGUGA